UAUCUAUCUAUCUAUCUAUCUAUCUAUCUAUCUAUCUAUCUAUCUAUCUAUCUAUCUAUCUAUCUGUCCAUCCAUCAAUCCAGAUGAAUAAUGGGGACCCUCCUCCGUACUCGCCCCCAGGCUACCCUCCAGGGUUCGUCUAUCAGCCGGCAGCAUUCCCCGGAUCACCACACCAGGUUACCAUGGAACAGAACCCCCCCUCACAGGUGUGUCCUCAGCAGACAUUCACUCAGACCUACACCGAUGGAGGAGACCACAACCUCCUCAUAGGACCACCGGGGCAACCGUGGCAACAGGAGCAACUAUGGCAACAGGGGCAACAGGGUCAACCGGGGAAACCGCGGCAACAAGGGCAACCGGGGCAAUCGUUUCAGCAGGGCCAACCGGGGCAGCAGGGGCAACCAGAGAAACCGGGGCAACAGGGGCAACUAUGGCAACAGGGGCAACAGGGGCAACCGGGGCAGCAGGGGCAACCGUGGCAACAGGAGCAACUAUGGCAACAGGGGCAACAGGGUCAACUGGGAAAACCGGGGCAACAAGGGCAACCGGAGCCCUGCCUGUAUCAGCCCGGGUACCAGGGGAUCCAGGGGGUGCCACCCAGAGAGACAAAACACCCAGUGUUCAGCUCUCAGCCGGCAGCAGUCCCGACAUACCAGAAGAAUGGUGGCAAUGGCAGCUUCUUUGGCGGCGAUAGUGGCUAUGGUGGCAGCAGUGGUUGCAGUGGCAGCGGUGGCGGUGGUAGCGGUGGCGGUGGCAGGGGUGGCCGGGGUGGCAGGGGUGGCGGUGGUGACGGCGGUGGUGGUGGUGGUGACGGCGGUGGUGGUGGCUACGGUGGUGGUGGUGGUGGCGCGGUGGCAAAGGUGGCGGCAAAGGUGGCGGCAAAGGUGGCGGUGGUCGCAAUGGCGGAAAAGGCGGUUAUGGCGGUUAUGGCGGUUAUGGCGGCGAUGGCGGUGAAGGAUUUUGUGGCGGCGGCUGGAUUAGCGGUGGCAAAGGUGGCGGCAAAGGUGGUGGCAAAGGGGGCGGCGGUCGCAAUGGCGGAAAAGGUGGUGAUGGCGGCGAUGGCGGCGAUGGCGGCGAUGGCGCGAUGGUGGUAA